AGUUAGGCCAGCCCCUCAGACAUCCUUCAGCAGGUUAACAACCCCCCCCCGCAGUGACGAUAUAUAGGAGCAGAGCAGCCUGCAGCGUCAAACACAGAUGAUCCGCACUUUAAGGAGGCCUGAAUAGAUUUGAAGAUGUCGAAUGAGAGGAACGUGGAGGCAGUCGGCUGCGAUGCCUCCAUCAUGAAGAACGUCUGGGAGAUCAGAGAGAGAGACUAUGAACAGAAGAUGAAUCAGGAGGAGGACCGGAAAUCAAAGAGCGCUCUGACCUCUAUCAACAAGGAAUGGUCAAUGCGACUGGCUGCAAGACAAGGAAACUACAAAAGACCGGAAAGGAAACCUAGAACUGUGGAAAAUCAGGAAGACAACGAUGUCUGGAAGACCAAAAAAGCCGAGGCUCCACCUCCUCUUCCACGUGGUGUGCCAGGUUCAGGUCCACGUGGCACUCCAGGUUCAGGUCCACGUGGCACUCCAGGUUCAGGUUCACUUAGCAGACCAGCAGUCCAGAGCCGAGGCCCCUCCACUACCCAAAAGGAAAAAAAGAUGCUGGACAAGAGCCUGAUGAGGCUUCAGUUACUCAUGUUCAUCAACCAAGGUCAGCCUUCAGGUAUGGUAUGGGGAAAGUCAUGGAAGUACAACAAAGCCUUGCCAGCACCAGCAGAGGCCGAUGAAGCUCGAUCAGACUGGGGUCAGUGCUGGAUGUUUGCCACGCAGCAGCCUUUCACUGAAGCCGGCCAGCCUUGGAAAAAUGGGCCCAACAUGAUGGAUCCUAAGAACCUACUCUUCUGGGAGAGACUUGAGACCCGGAUGGUGGAAUCAGAGGAGCUAGACCUGAGCCUUCCUGAGGAUGAGUGGCAUGCUUCCUGGAAGAGAUCUGACAAAACCAACAAGGACAAAUCUGCAGAUGGAGAGAAUUUCUCCAAAUAUGGUCGGUUCAGUGAAUUGGAGCACACUCAGCAACACAAUGAAGAGCUGUGCUCAUCAGAGUGGAGUGAAUCCUGGAUGUCCACCAAGCCAGGAGAGGAGCAGGAUGAUUUCACUGCUUCAGAAGAUGGUCCAAUGCAGCAGGAUAACAACAAAGACAUGAGCUCCAUGUCAGAAGAUUGGAAGCUUUCAAACCAUCAUGGCCGCAACAAUGUCAACACAACCCAAAUCAAAAAAUCUCUCAGCUCAGAGUGGGUCAAUUCAUGGAGAGCAGCCAUGAUGGUCUUCAACAACCACAUGAAUUCUGACGCCUCUAUGAAUCAAGGUGAAAUGGGCACCUGUGCUGGUAAUGGCCAGCAUAGAGAGUCACACAUCUACAAAGUCAGCCUUUCGUCUCAAGAGAAGAAGCACAGGAAUCUGUACUCGCAGCUCUUGGAUGAAUUUGAGGCUCUCUCUGAGUGGACCAAGUCUUGGGAGGUGACGAAAAACAACUCCAAACCAUGUGAAGAAAUAGAAAAGGUCCUGAAGCUCUCACAGGACGCUGUCUCUCAGGUCCAGAAGAUAGAGAGUAAGGCGAAGGAGGAGCAUCAUUCAACAUCAAACGAUGUAGACCCACGUUACGAGCAACUGAGACAUAGUGUGAUGUAUCACCCAAAGAGAGAGUUCACCCAGUCUCAGGUCCUUCGUAUGAAACAUCUGGGAAAUGCCUUACCCGCUCCAGAAUGGAAGGACUCCUGGAGGACGGUGAAACACAGAAGGAGGAUGGAGAGAAGAAGAUACAGACCUGAACCUGCCAGCCCCUUCAGAGUACCUGAGAAAGGAGGAGACAGGAAGCCUGCUGCCGCGGAGUGGAAAGACUCAUGGAAGCACUCCUGCCAGCCCCUGCAUCAGGAGCCUGAACAGUGGGAGCAGGGUUGGACCACCAUGCCCCAAGUCCGAGUGGAUCGCGCAAGAGAGCAGAACCACUUUGCUCCUGUAGAACUUCCUAAAAAUGGCCCAACCACAGAGCAUAGCUGGGAGCAGUCAUGGAGGUUUAUGAGGCACCAGCGCCAAUCAGGACAAGGCCGGGUCAGACCACAAACAAGCCAAGGAAGACCAAGUGUGCCUUCUCACCAGAGGAGGUGCGGUUCUGACUGGCAGGAUGCCUGGAUGGUCUCAGAAACUCAGUACCGCCAUGACAGACCUUCCUUAAUCCAGUGGAGGGAUGCCUGGCAGUGGUCCAUCUUCCACACAGAGGGUUGGAUUGACGAGAUGCCCAGAGAGAACCGUCUGAGUGAGCGGAUGGAGAUCGAGCCCCAGAGAGGAUGGAUGUCCUCGCAGAGAGCCCAAGCAAAAAUGAGCCGGUCUUUUGAAGAGAAGAUGUUUAAGGAGCGCUAUCCGGAGAAGCAGUGGAAUGCUUCAUGGAAAGCUGGGCCACUCCUGAGCUACACAACAAGUGGUUCUUCAGGUACUACUGGGAAUAACAAGAGCAGCACCGUUCAGCAGCAACACGCCACCACCAACGGCCACGGCUCCAAGUGGGGGAGAUCUUUCAGGAUCGCCAACCCCAUGCCGCAGUUGGAGCAACCCUGGGUGCAGUCCUCUCCCAACACGUCUCAGUAUACAGUCAUGUUGAUCAGAGGAAUGACCACUCCAAACAAAACCAACCCCAAGUUUAGCAACAGCCCGGUGACCUUCAAUCAAUGGGGGACUUCCCACAGGUUCCUUCAGGGUGCCAGCACUCAGACCAAAGACAAAACACAGGUUAAACCAUCUGUUGACCCCAUGGUGAUUGUUACCAAACACAUCAACUCAAGGAUGAAUCUGCACUCUAAGUUGGAGAAGCCGAAACAAGCAGAUAAGACAUGGGUAGGAUGCCACCUGUUAGGAAAGACCCAGCCAAAGCCCAAGAGAGGUGCCACUCCAGUCAAGACGUCCAACAUGGGUGGAGAAGAUGACAAGUUCUAUGCAGAGUGGGCAGAGUCCUGGAAAUUCCUGGUUAAGGCUGGUGCUAUGAAAAAACAGAUGAUCUCCCUCAGAAGUUGGACUGAGUCUUGGAAGUUCCUCGUUCCUCUGUACCCCCCAACAAACGGCACAAAGACCAAAUAGAAGACAUGCUAGGUUGACGUUUAGCUUAGUCGAGUGAGGUGAAUAUUUUCAAUAAACCUGACUUCAAACAUCAAAUCAGUUCAGAAAGUUUGUCACUUUGUCUUUAUUUUCUCUACGAAUCAGCAUUUUAUUUAUAAGAUACCAUUUUUAAACGCCUUUAAGUUGAAAUCAGAGUGGAUGUAACAUCUCCUACCUUAU